AUGGCAACAAGAUACACAGACCGCCCCAUCCCCCAAAUCUCCCUCCACGACUUCGACGCCCGCAUCGACGAAAUCACCGCCCAACUAAUUCACGCCGCCGAAAACGUCGGCUUCUUCACCGUCAUCAAUCAUGGCCUCUCCGACCAAGACAUUGAGAGCAUGUUCUCCAAUUCCCAGCGCUUUUUCGCGUUGCCGGACGAUGUGAAAGCCACCGUCCCCUGGAGCUCCAAGAACGUCGGAUGGGAGAAAAAUGCCCAGGUGCGGCCGUCGACGGGGAUGCCCGACACAAAGGAAUCGUAUCAACUCCAGUUUGGGGAGAAUAUGAACGAUGUCUGGAUUGAUGAGAGUCACCUUCCUGGAUUCAAGACCGCUUCUCUAGAAUUCAUGACUCGCGUGCAGGGAAUCUCGGAAAAAUUGAUGCGCUGUUUUGCGCGCGGCUUAGGGUUUCGCGAGGACUUCUUCAUCACCGCGCACGACGUCUCGCGACCAAAUUCACAAACCGUGUGUCGCUUACUACACUACUUUGCUCUCCCGGAAGAAUCAGACGGCAAAGUCUACCACCGCGCCGGUGCUCACGCCGACUGGGAUUUUUUGACUCUACUCUUCCAAAAAGCUGGGCAAAGCGGCCUCGAAAUCUGUCCUGGCCGCGAAGUCGUCACCGAAUUCGGCAUCGGGGAUGUCUGGACCAAAAUCGAGCCCAAAACCGGCGAGAUUGUUUGCAACAUUGGCGAUUUGCUAAUGUCUUGGUCCGAUGAUCGUUUCAAGUCUACUUUCCAUCGGGUGAAGGCGCCGUGUGAAAAGGGUGACUAUUAUGGCGAUAGGUAUAGUAUCGCAUUUUUUAAUCAGCCGUGCUCGGAUGCGAAGAUACAAGGACCGCUGAAGAAAUAUCCCAUGGUGACAGGGCAGGAGUUUACGGCGAAUGCGAUGAAGAGAAAUUUUGCGGCUUUGCAGGAGAAGUUGAAGUCUAUUGCCGUUUGA